UUCUAGGUUGUUUAAUAAAAUUGUAUGAGAUACUGAAUCGAAAGCCUUUUGGAGAUCUAGGAAAACUGCAACAGUCUUAUUUCCAUCUUGGAAAUUUUCAACCACUUGUCCUAUAAGUUCUUGUAGAGAUAGCUCUGUAUUGCAAUUUUUGCGGAACCCAAAUUGACAGUUCGAUAUUGUCAAAUUUCUCAAGAAAAGAAAAAACUUACUUUCAGAUUUAAAUAUUGGUGUCUCUAUGCUUUCUUUAAAUUGGCGAGGAAUUUGAAACAGAGGUUGAUAAUAUUACAAACUAUUUGCUGUAACUGUCAAAUUUCUUUGGAAUGCCAUACUUCCAGUGAAAAAUGCUGA